GGGUUAAUUUAAACAAGUUGUCGGUGUCCUUGGGCUAGGGAUAAUUAUAUUUUAGAUAGUCUCAUGUAUUGAAUUUGCUUUUACUAAGACGAUGCCAGAGGUGCAGACCACCAAGGGAAGUGCAGUCACAUCAUGGGACCCGUGGAAAAUGUUUGAUGUGACACCGCAAGAGCUUGAGCAAGUGAAAAAGCGGAAGGCUCUGGCAGCAGAGAAAAAAGCAGAAUUUAGAAUGAUAAAAAAUAACCCUGCCUUCCUCGUCAACGGUGGACGAGGAGGUCAUAUUACGGACCCUGCAUUACAAAGAUGGGAUGCGGCAAGAGCUACAUAUGGUGAUUUCUUCAGAGUUAACAAAAGGAACACAAAGUGGCUGUUUGGAGCAUAUAUAAUACCUAUAUUUGUUACAUAUGCAAUAGCUUCACGGGAAAUUCGUAUACGUGAUGAAAAGAAUCGCCGAGGGGAAAUUCCAAUGAAGGACAAGUGCUUUAGAGCAUUUUUAUUUAUAUAGAGAGUUUCCAUGUUACCAGCCUUUUAUUAAAUUAUCACAGGUCUUUUUUUAACAAAA